GGGUCAGCCGCCUGCUCAGCUGCACGGCGCACGUGGGCUCGACUCCUCCGCGAACAUCCCGAGGACCUCCCGCAGCAACGUGCGCCUUAACCUCUGGCUGUCCAGUCGGGAUCUGCGAACGGAAACCACGGGAGCGCCUGAGUGGGGCGGCCGCGGAGUCACGUGGCCGGCUGGAAGAACUGGAGGAGCGCGCGGCGCGGGCGGCGGGGAGAAGAUGAGCGCAGCGAGAGACAACGACGACGACGACGGGGAGCCGGCGAGGGGAACACCUGCGGCAGCAGGGACAGGUGAAGGUGGACGAGAGAUGGCCUGUCAGAUUGCAGAGUUGCAGGUCAUUGUAGCUGAGCUGAGGACUGGAUUAAUGAGAGCGAUGCAGGAUCUGUCUGACAUGCAACACGGUGACCGGAGUCUGGAGAGGAAGAUGAAGGAGUACCAGGAAGAAAUAGAGGACAAGCUGAUGACCGUUAAAAACUCGCUGAACACACUGAAGGGUGAGGUGGGCUAUUCUGUGAAGCUGAUCAAUGAGCUGAGCGCCAGACAACGAGAGCUGCAGAGGACCUUUGAUGUGUUCCAGUUUGAGUCGGACCGAGACCUGCUGCUGGCCACACACCGGAAAAGCCAGAGAGAGGAGAUCCCAGCUAACAGCGACCUGCUUCUGCCAAGUCAGCCCGGCCUCAGGGUCAUCCAGAAGUAUUUUUCACGUGUAAGCAACAGCCCAGCCACUGAAAAAGCACCAGGAGGAGACAGAGAGGAGGUCUGCCAAGAGGGAGUUACUCAGCGAGGCUUCCCAUAUUCCCCUGUGUGGCCGGAAAAACUAGAGCCCACUGAAUAUAUUGAAGGGCUGUACAGCAAAGACAACAAGAAUGCGGCUGGGGAAUAUGACAGGACAAAAUGGAGCUUGCCAGACGGAGAGCAGCGUGGCAGUGCGUACUCGAGUAAGAGGCAGACGGCUGCUUUGGAGAUUCUGGAGUCAGAGCGGGCCUACGUGUCCCACCUAUCCUUACUACUUCAGGCCAACAUCGCCUUUAAUGGAUCAGAAACUGCGCAUACAAAGGACAAAAGGCCAUUUCCUACUUGUCUGCGAUUCCUCAUCCAGCACCACCUGGACCUGCUUCACGUUCUUCAGGAUCGUGUCCUAAAACGCCAGUGGCAGGGCAUCGUGGGCGACUUGUUCAUGAAGUUAACAAGCAAACAGAGUCAUUUCCUCAAGUGCUACACCGCAUACCUGAAGGAGCUUCCCAACUGCCUUUCGGUGGUCAACAUCUGCGCCGGAUCCUUGAAAUCGUUUUUUCUCGAGGAAGAGGCUUCCAAAAGUGUGUCCUGCCCUUCCGUGCAUAUGCUACUCCUACGACCAGCGCAGAGAAUCCAGGAAUAUGCAGGAUUAGUACAGGAUCUUUUCAAACAGACUGAGCCCGAUCACCCGGACUUCUACUUGCUGCCAGUCUGCAGCCAGCAGCUCAGUGCCUUCGUAAAUCAGAGCAGUGACCUGCUGCAGCACGCCGAGGACGCGAGGAUACGAAGUAAGCGACAUGCCAGGAGGCAAAACUUAACUGAUGGCUCCAGUUGGACAGCAAAGUUAAGAGAACACCCCAAGGUCUCCAAAGCUAACAAUCUGGACUCCGAGUGCAGAAAACCCGCCAAAGUGGAAUCUUUAACCCAAAGCGCCGCACACAACCCAGAGCAUGAGCUCCGGACACAGUCCCUGCCAAUGCAGGCAGUCCCAGAGAAGGACCCCGAGUCAACUUCCAUAGGGCACCACCUUGGUAAGGUCAUCGGCAAUCCUGCCAGUGAGCCCCUGGUGUUGCCUUAUCUGGACAGCUACCUGGUAGAAGAGGAUGAGCUGGAUCCCGAAGGCCUUUUUGAAGAGGGAGACUCCUUGCAGAACCUCUCACUCUUUGAUAACUGCUCCAGCGUCUCCUCCAGUUCCAGCCCGGGGGUCUCCCUUGGCCACAGCGAGAAAUUUACAAGGCACUCGGAGAUGUUUGCCUUCUAUCCCGAGACUGGCCAGCUGCACACCUCCCCACCACUGCAAGUGACUCAGAGGAAGAGCAAGUCGCUCAACGGUCUGCAGCUAGACAGCCUCAUUACUACCGACAGCAGCCGCAAGUUGGCGCUCUUUGUCAAUCCUCACAGCAGCAGUGAUGGCAUUAUAAAAAGCAAAGUGGUGAGGCAUCCUCCCAAACCGGCCCAAACCCCAAAAUCUCCAAGGACUUUCAUGGCUGCACACAAAAUCAGAGGGGCAGUCCGAACGAUGAUGGCUGAAGAGAAGAGGACAGAAAUUGAGAAGCAGGAGUUUCCAUCUGUGACCAAGAAUGAGAAGGUGAAGGCGAGUCUAAGCAGCCCAGAGAAGAGCCACGCCAAGCUCACCAGCAGCAAAUCGGAGCCAAAAGGAUUCAAGAGCUCCUUCCGCAAACUCUUCAAAAUGAAGUCAAGCGGAGGCAACGUUAAGGAGAAAUCGUAUGACAGAAUAACUGAAGGUGCCAUGACUGCAACCGAUGAACCAUCAACACCAAUGUGUCUGUUUGCUCAGCGCAGAAAAGCAGACAAGUGGACUCCUGUUUAAAAACCCGGCACGUCUCCCGUUGGCACACCAUGGUAGGUCGUCUUAGCAGAGACGACUUUGGAUGUGCUCUCUGACAUUGUCUCUUGAAGGAGCUUUGCAUUUUUUUUGCUGUCAGAUCAUUUAGGUUACCUUUUCCAAUAAUAUUCAUGAAAUUCUACACCAAAAGGCACCAAGCAAACCUUCUGCACUGCCUAUCACAACUGACAACAGUUUAAUCUAAUCAGCCUCAAAGCGUUGGAGGCCCACAGCACCAGAGGCCCAGAUAGCCUGGCAGGAUCAGCUACCACCGUAUUAGGGUUUACGGUUAUAAUGGCAGGUAAACUUGGGUUAAGGCCUUCCUCAAGUUCUCCACUCAAUUCACUUUACUCCGUCGUAUUGGAGUCUGUGGCUGCCACGCAGGCCAAAAUCAAACCUAAAUUCAGAUAUGAAGUACACUUACUAAUCCGUUUCUGAAAAUCCCUUUAUUGGGUGAAUUUUCAUCACACAAACAUAUAUUUUGCUAAAAUAUUUUUAGGUAA